AUGUCUUCUCAGGGCUCACGACCUGUUAGGAGGGAUGCUCCUACUGGUUCGGUGCAGCAGUCUGGUGUUCAGGGUUGCAGUUCUCAGGCACAGGCACCACAGGGGCGUGUCUUUGCACUUGCACCGACUGAUGCCUCUUCUGGACCUUCAGUUCUCCGAGGAAAAGUGGCCUAUAGACUUGCUUUGCCACCACAGCUGGACAAGGUUCAUAAUGUUUUUCAUGUGUCGAUGUUACAGAAGUAUGAACCGGAUCCACCUCACAUUUUGGAUUGGGUUGACGUGGAUGUUGAUGAAGAUGUUUCCUAUGAAGAGGGACCAGUGCAGAUCCUUGACACAUGA